CUCCCACGUGUGGUGGUCGAAAGAAACAUGUCGCUCUCCUUCAUACACAGAUCCGCAAUGUUAUGCAGAGGAUUUAGGGCAAGUUUCAAUCUGUACGACCACACAGCAAGGAUUCCAAAUACUACGAUACGGUUACGAGUGAGUUGGCUAUUUGAUACCCAUAUCUUCAUUCAAAAAAUUAUUUACAUGGCCGAAAUGUUGGUAAAAUCAUGUUCAAAUCGAAGUAACAAACAUUAGCUAGCUAGCAUGCAAUCAAAGAUGCUAACUAGCUCGUGUCAAAGUCGAGCAAUACGUAAUGUGUGGAACUGGGAUGGUUUAUGUGUUUUUUUUUCAAGAAUUAGUUAUCAUGAGCAUGCAAUAAUACAUUUAUCCCUGUCUCUUCCCCUUCAAAAACAGACAUUGUGUAGCUCAGCUGGAGAAACAAAUACUGGCAUAUUACAAUCUACAGAAGAAUACAAAUUUGUGGAACGACUGAUCCCACCUUCACGAGUGCCCAUUCCCCCUAAACAUGACGGUCCUUCCCCAUCUGGCUGGACUCCUCCAUCAGGUGAAGCUUGACACCUUAUGUUUUCUUUGGUUUUUAAAGGCAAAUGGAGAGCAAUGGUUUGGUUUCUCACACUGAUUUAACUUCUUCAAAUACCUUUAUUGCGUUUCAAUUUGUUGUUGAGUUGUUUCACGCUACUGUACUAAUGAACAUGAUUUGUCUACCAACACUUACAGUAGUUUAUAGUCUCAUAGACACAGGCUCUCAUAGUUUCAGCAAACACACCUAUCAGUAGCCCAAGAUGUACUCUUAAGGAGCCUAGUGUUACCAUCACUCCUUAAGGUCCAAGGACCUUGUUAUUUUCAGAGGUGGACUGACUGACAGCCAAAACAGCCAAAUACUCCAAAACGAGAAUCGAUUCUCAAUUGCGAUAUGGUUCUAGAAACGUAAAGCCCUUUACUUUCAUAAAAAUAAUUUCACAAAUGCAAAAUACACACUUGCUAUACACUGUUUUAACCGGCUUUAUCACAGUUGCAGCCGACAGUAUAUUUUUCGGUGAUAUGAAAGAUAAGGUCCUUAUGCUUCCAAAACCAUACCGCAAGCAAUGCAUGUUAAUGUUCAGACCGAGCGUCAGGGCUCUUAACAAAACGCCCUUGUACAGAAGACACCUUUGUCCAAUGACUCUUAAGUGUAAUGUAAUGGAACUGAGUCAUGAUCAAUGACUAACCUAUCAGGUGCUAUUUACUUUAUGGUUAAUUAACCUCAAUUAAAUGUUUUUUCCAUCUUUUCCUCACCCCCUUUAACCCAAAAUGUUAUAGAGGUGCCUCCUGCUUUGCCAUACAUGAUCCGUCGCUCCCGAAUGCACAAUGUUCCUGUCUACACUGACCUCACCCAUGGCAGCCGCAAGACAACCCUUGUACGCAAGGUUGAAGGGGACAUCUGGGUGAGUGAGACAUAAUUUCUAUGGUUCUUCUGUCAAAACAUUUUUGAAACUUCUGCGGAAUUGUAGAUCAGUAAGGAUGACUGACUGGAAACCAGAGUUGAAGUAUAAGAGCUUUUGGAUUUAUCUAGCAAACCCUGGGCAGAAUGUUAUGUUUUCCUGUCAAUGUGCAAUUGUUUCCUCCUGAUUAAUGGUGCUACUUUCUCCUGUCAGGCUCUUGAGAAGGAUGUUAAGGAGUACCUGCAACAGCUUACUGGCAAAGACCUGCCAACACAGGUCAAUGAGGUGACCAUGACACUUCGGGUCAAAGGUCACUUUGAUACAGAGCUGAAGGAGUGGCUGGUGAAGAAGGGAUUCUAACUGGACUGCUGGCGAGGGGGUAAACUGUCGCAGAAGUUGUCAGAGAAAAAGAGUGCAUACUUUUCUACAUGAAACCCAACAAUUUGAAAUGCAUCCUGUAUUGAAAUAGAAUGGAUAAUUAAGAGACUGUUGUUUAUUUAUGUAGAUGUGCUCCAUGUCAAUUAUAUUUGUUUGUAUGUAACAACUUAAGCUCAGCUGAUAAGCAUACUUGAAAAUUGAAUUAUUAAAUGGCCAUUUCAUAUGGGGGGGGGGGGGGGUUCUGCUUUAUUUACUCUAUUUUUAUUUGAUAUCCACAGGAACAAUAUCAGUUGUAAGUUUGAUUCAUGCGUUUUAUUGCUAUAAAAUAAUACCAC